CUAUAGUGUUUCUGUUAUGCGCAGAAAAGGCGGAGACUUACCAGAGGGCGUGACCACGGGGAAUGGAUCCCUGCUGUUUAAUAGGCCCCUCGGCCUGACGGACGCUGGCAUCUACCAAUGUGUGGCCAAGAACGUUGUGGGGACGGGGAAAGCAGAGGUGGAGAUCACUGUGACAGGUAGGUUGGGCUAUCACUCAUAUUAAAGAGUGAUAUUAAAUUAGUCAUAAUUUUCUUACUUUAGUCCUGGAUAUAUAUGUUGUAUUUUAUUUUAUAUUAAUUUUUUUAUCCUGAAACAAAAUUCUGGAAAAUACUGUACCUUUGUUCUGUUAAACAAAGAAGUUUAGCUAACAAACCCAGUUUAAGCAAUCACACAUACAGUAUGUUCAUAUUUUCAAAAUUAUGUGUAUUUCUGUAUCUCUGUGAAUAUACAUCACUUCCUAUUGUCCCUCUCCCUCAGAGUUGCCUCAGAAGCAGGCGUCGUUCGACAGUCUCCUGAUGAUAAUAGUGGGAGGAGUGGCCGUAGUACUUCUACUAGUCAUGAUCAUCAUCGUCAUCUCUGUGACCCGUCACCACAAACGCAAGAACAAGAAACUGUCGAGGGAACUCACUGUGAGGAAGUAUGUUUUCAAACUUUACAGUAACUCCCUCGUUAUAGAAUCGUUAUAGAAUCUAAAUGAUAAAUGUUACGCCAAAACUGUAAAUGUCUUUAAUUCAGAAUACUUAACAAUGCCUCUCUCUCUCUCUUUCUCUCUCUCUCUCUCUCUCUCUCUCUCUCUCUCUCUCUCUCUCUCUCUUCUCUCCUCUCUCUCUCUCUACCUCUCUCUCUCCUCCCUCUCUCUCUCUUCUCUCUCCUCUCUCCUCUCCUCUCUCUCUCCUCUCUCCCUCCUCUCUCUCUCUCUCUCCUCCUCUCUCUCUCUCUCUCUCAGGGAGGAGAUCAGUACUCUCUCCAGACAGGCAUCUGUCAGGAAAAUGAACUCAGUCAGUAUGGACGCUAGAGGACAGGUAGGAUAUUAAAUCACCAUAUCUUACAGUCUGUGGCAGUGGAGGCUGGUGGAAGGAGUUAUAGGAGGAUGGGCUCAUUAUAAUGGCUGGAAUGAAAUAAAUACAAUGCAGUCUAACCUAGGGUUUCCAUGUGUUUGAUACCGUUCCACUUAUUCCAUUCCAGCCAUUACAAUGAGCCCGUCCUCCUAUAGCUCCUCCCACUAGCCUCCACUGGUCUGUGGUCUGUACACAAUGCUGUCAUUCUGUAAAUAAAUACUAGCACUUCCAUGAGCAUUAUCUAUUUGCCUCAAGUUAAUAUGGUCCCCUCAAGUUAAUAUGUCCCCCUCUCAUUCUCUCCCCCCUCCCUCUCUCCCUUCCCUCUCUUUCUUAUCCUCUGUUCUUUUAGACAGAGGAGAAUAUCCCUCUCAGAGUGGAGGGGACACUGCGGACCAGUCUGUCCUCCCUAGGGGUCAGUCUCCAUUUCACUCUUUCUCUGCAUGCGAGGGAGACCUCCGAUUUAGCCUCCAGAUGCAUGGCCGCUAAAUUCUGAGCUCUGCAGGGCAGGCAAAUCUCAUUCUAAUUUUAACAUUUAUGUAGUUAAAUGAAAUGCAAGGAGCUUAUUUUCUUUAAAUAGCAUUUAUAUGUGAAAAGAAAAGUUAGUGCAUCUUACAUAUCAUAUAUUAAUUAUACUUUAUACUAAUUAUACUUUGUUAUUAAGACUUCAUGCUUUCCCUCCAUCUUCUGUUCUGGGACUCCUGCUUCGGAAGCCAUCUUAAAAUCAGACUCUUCAGUGGAAAAUGUGUUUAAAGUUCUCUAUAUCUCCCUUUCCUUCACACGCAGGAGCAAGGGCGCAUUAGGGGGAGUCAAUCUACUCUGGUAGGGGGCGGGGGGCUAGACUACCUGGGUCGACCUGUUCUGUACAAUACUUCACGAAGAGGGAGGGAGAGCAGAGCCAUGGACAGAGAGGAGGAGAACAGACUUAGGGUGGAGUCAGAUGAGCAGAAUAGCACCAUGUCUUUGGUAAGUGUGUGGGUGGGUGGAGGGGUGGGUGCAUGUAGAGGCAUGAGUAGGGUUGCAGAAUUCCGUGAACUUUCAAUAAAUUCACAGUUUUUUUCAGAAAUCAUGGUUGGAAUUGUGCAACCCUAGGCAUGAGGCAUCAUGACUGGCAUACUCCAUUUCUUGUAAACCUUUUAAACUCAUAGGUUUAGUAGAGAUUGCUAGAGAUACUCAAAUUAUCUAUAGUUACUGAUGAGUUGUAUUUUCCUUUAUCUAACCACAUAUUUACCACUUGUCUCACAGGAAGACCAUCUCCACCCACCUCUCCAACCCUCUCCCUUCCCAAUGGAACAGUCCACCGAGCUGCUGAGGUCCCUGAACGGCAGCGCCAUCAUCCCAACGGAGUGGGGUUUACACAUACGGCAGGGGCCCGGUAGCAGGAACACCCACUCCCCUCUCAGUUGCAACUUCCCUCCCGUCACAGACGACGAAGACGAGGAGGAUGAAGGUGUGGAGGGGGAGCGGGGGACGCGCCCCAGGAUGAGUCCGUUGGAUCAGGGGAGGUCAGAAGACCAGGACAGCGAGACCAACAGUUCUCAGAUCUCAGAAAUAGAACGUGGACUCAACCCUCACUUCCAGCAGAACAACGGAACAUUGAGACCCAAACCGCUCCCCAAAUACCGGACCAAUGGCAUCCUCCUCACCCCAUCACCACACGCCUCCUUCAUCCACAAGGCCCAGAUUGUAUAGAGCGGUACGGCUGGGUAAGGGCAGGUGACACACUAUACGACGAGGCAAACUUUUCUACACAACACCAUUCUAACAGUGUUUUGUAUGUGAUUGGUUGUGACUGUUUGGGAUACAAGCACGUUGGUGGCAUACCUCUGUGGCAGCCAGUUUACCUCCUUUUCACUUCUGAAACAUACGUCCACCUUCGUCUCGAGCUCUCAGAUAUUUUUGAUCAGCAAAUAAAGCUUCCGAUUCAAGAAAGACUCCUUUGCUGUAGCGAUACAAAUAAGUAACACAUACAUAUCACAGGAGAGAAGCUGGACAUGUAUGAUGUAAAAUUAAAAGUACAUGAAUGUCAGGUUGGACACAGACAGACCAAAGUAGUCAUAAUAUUGUAUCACAGCAAUAAAGAUCACUCCAUGCCCAGGAAGCAUCAAACUGAGAGGACCUAAAAGACUUCCAUGCUUUAUUAUUGUAUAGUUUUUUUGCUACUACGACUUGGUGACAGAACUAAGGUGCAAGAUUAGAAUAUCAACAACUCACCAAUAACGGCUGCCUAGUGGAAUACAUGUUGGUGAUCUUCCACCCUCCUUCCUUCUAGAUGAGGAUACAACCCAUGCUGUUCUAUUCACCCUAAGAUGGAGUCCAUCUUUUUGACUUGACGUGUGGCAGGAGUUUUUCUGGAGAUACCCCUCCUUUCCAUGAAACUUGGAUGUGCACAAACUUUGAACUCGCCAUAGUCUGAGAUGUAAAAAGCUGAAGACUGCAUUUUAGACAAGAGGUUAAAAAACAGAGCCUUCCCAUUAAAUGGUUUCCACCUGAGCACAGUGAGAGCCUACUAAAACUGGGAAAAAGUAUUGUUCUUCUAUUUUCUUACACCACAGACAUUUAGACAAGAUAACUGCAAUAUGCCUUUGUUUGUAUGAAUACAGUAAAAAGAGCCUUUGCUUUGUAGGCCAAUAUUAAGUAUUAUGUUUGAAUCUACUGACUUGAAAUGACACCCUAUUCCCUACAUA